AGCCUCACUCUGUCGCCCAGGCUGGAGUGCAGUGGCGCGAUCUCGGCUCACUGCAACCUCCACCUCCCGGGUUCACGCCAUUCUCCUGCCUCAGUAUCCUGAGUAGCUGGGACUACAGGCGCCCGCCACCACGCCCGGCUAAUUUUUUGUAUUUUUAGUAGAGACGGUGUUUCACCGUGCUAGCCAGGAUGGUCUCGAUCUCUUGACCUCGUGAUCCACCUGCCUCGGCUUCCCAAAGUGCUGGGAUUACGGGCGUGAGCCACCGCGCCCGGCCUCUUGUUCUCUCUUAAUAAUAAAAAUAAAUGGAUGUGAAUCUGAGUCCCAUUUUUAUUCCAUUUUCUUAGGCAUAUGUUUUUUAAUGUCUACUCCUGAAGUGAUAAAAUAGUAAAAUAUCAAGUCUGUAGUUGGGAAAGUUUAGCCGAAAUUCCAUUUUCACAAUUAUUCUGGAAUCCAAUCAAUCAGGAUAAAAGUUAACGUCAAGUCAAGAUAGGUGAGUUAAACCCAGGACUUCUGAAUUGCCCUGUCUUGGAAAGGCUGGAAUUUAAAGUUGCGGGAGGUGGGCAAGGGAAGGAAGUAAUCACAUUUAAGUAAAACACAGAACCAACCAACAGGAAGGCUCGCUGGGUUUGAAUUCGGCAGCUUUGGAGUGUUUUCUACUCUGGGUUGUGGUUAGUUCACUUAAAAAGAAAAGCGGUUAAGGAAAAAAAAAAAUUCCGAGACCAAAAGCUAGACUUAUGACCACCACCUAGGUAUUUCCUUUUGCUUCUUUCCUGUGGCGGGGGGAGGGCGGGGUGGGGGUUGCUUUGCCUUUCUCCUUCAUUUUCAAAGUUUUUCUUUCCCAAAAGUGGUGACUAUUUGGAGGUUUUGAUGAGGCUCAACCUUCACACAUCCAGUUUCCGCUGGGGCAACAGAGGGAAGGAGAAGGCCGGAGGGGGCUGUUGGUGCCCGGAGGAUCGCCCCUUCCCUCCCGAGGCGUCUUAGGCCUGGCGGACACUGAAAGGUCGGGGCGCACUGACGGCCGGACCUCGCGAACGCAGCGCGCGCAGCCCUCAGGGUCUUCCCCUGCCCACCCCGCGCAUCGCUAGGGGGCUCAGGCGCUGGGAAGUCCCCCCAAGCUCCCGCCGCCUCCCACGGGCCCGGCGAGCGUCGUCUGGGGAGCGUUUCCAUAAAUGAACAAACCCAGCCGGGCCCCCCGCGUGUUCAGCAAUUCCAGAAGGUCCGGACAGGGCUGACCCGACGGCUGGGAGCGAGGGGACCCGUGGGCGGGAGUGGGGGGACUGUAGGGGGAGACCCGGGAGGGGAGGCCGCGCCCGCACCCGGUGCUCCUCGCCGGGGUCUCGGGCCCGCCCCUCCCUAGGGCCGGUGUGCGCCCCCUCGGCACGCCCAUGCAGCCCCUGCCUCGCCCGCCCCUCCCCAGGCUCCGGCUCGCACCCCCGUCCUCGGGCCGCGACCCCCCGGGAACCCUAGCCCCUGGCCGCGGCCGCUUCCCGGGCCUCGCCCCGCGCCUCCCCCUGCAGCCCGCCCCGGCCGCACCCCCUAGCGUCCCCGCCCCCGGCCGCGCCCCCUCACGGGGGCCCCCUCGGCGGUCCGGGAGGCGGCGGGCGCGCCAUGGGCAGCGGCAGCAGCCGGAGCAGCCGGACUCUGAGGCGGCGGCGCAGCCCCGAGAGCCUCCCUGCGGGGCCCGGAGCGGCAGCCCUGGAGGGCGGGACCCGCCGGCGGGUGCCGGUGGCGGCGGCCGAGGCCCCGGGGGCAGCCGCGGAGGAGGCGCCCGGCCGCGACCCCAGCCCCGUGGCGCCCCUCGACGGCAGGGACGAGACGCUGCGCCUGCUGGACGAGCUGCUGGCCGAGUCGGCGGCCUGGGGCCCCCCAGAGCCCGCCCCGCGCCGCCCAGCCCGGCCCCGACCCACCGCGGUCGCGGGGAGCGCGGUGUGCGCAGAGCAGAGCUCAGAGGGCCACCCAGGGAGCGGCAAUGUCUCUGAAGCCCCAGCCAGCGGUCGCAAGAAGCCCGAGAGGCCGGCAGCCAUCUCCUACGACCACUCGGAAGAGGGGCUGAUGGCGAGCAUCGAGCGGGAGUACUGCCGCUGAGGACAGCAUGCUCCACCCCCGCCAGGCCUCGGAGGCACCUGCUGGCUGGGGCACCCUCUGCUUGCCCAGAGCUCUAGCAGGAGCUGAACCACCUCCAAAACGCAGUCACUCCCGGAUAUUCAAAGCUGACCGUUCAAAUCCACUUUCAGACCGUGCUGACCUGGGCCAGCCACUGGCGGUCAUGGUUGCUGGUGGGGGCGAUUAGCUGUGUAGACCCACAGGCGCGUGGGCCUGGGCCGCCGGCGCCUCCUCCCCCACGCGGGGAGCCUGCCCAGUUCUUCUGGAGCCUGAAAUGCGUGCCCCUCUUGGUUGCCCGCUCUCCACAGUGGGGAGGGCUCACGAGGACUAGGUGACACAAGCGAGCCCCUGCUGGCAUCUGCGCCACAACACUUCCGGAAGGUUCUGCUGUGGAAGGUGCACCCGCGCUGCUCCCUCAGUCUCGGGCCCAUCUCUCCAGGGGUGGCCGGGUCAGCUUAGUGCUUCUCAACUUUGACUCCCUAAUGAGCAGCCUGGGGGUGCUGUUGACUUGCAGGGCCUGAGGUUCUGUACGUCUAACCAGCUCCCAGCCCAGGCCCGAGCUCCGAAGCCCCAACUGCACUUUGAGGAGCGAGAACCCCAGCUCUGAUCUGCCUUGCAGUGGGAGGUAGAGCUCGUCACUGCCUCUCUGGGCCUCAGUUUCCCUCUCUGGAAAAUCAGCUCUGGCAGCUCUUGGAGGCCCUCCCCAGCUCUGACAAUCUGGAACUGCUGCCACUGCUGGUUCCCUGCCCCAGGCACAGCACUGCCUUCCCUGCGGGGAGCCAGCGCCCAGGUCCAACCGGGAGAGGGUCUGCCUGAUACUGGCUUUCCAGUUCUCCCUCUCACAGGCAGCCUGGCCAGUGCCUGCGGGGCUUUUAGAUUCUCUUCCUGCCUGGGUGGAAGGUGGGAAACCACAGCAGUGAGGCAGGAAGAGCCUUGGAAUGUUCCUGGUUGACAGAUGGGAAAACUGACCUGCCCAGGACGCCCUGGGAACAGGGGGCGGAGCUCCGGCUAGAGGGGACUCCUGUGUGGGCGGGCAGGUCUGGAGCCUGGGCCCAGGUGUGGCCUGCUGGGGGACAGCUCCGGGGGAGAGCUGUGGGGAGAACAGCGGUCUAGGGAGGCGGGAGGCAGGCGGCAGGCUCCUCCCCAGCAGCCUGCAGGGCAUCAGGACAGAGGGGGAAGGAGGAGACAGAAGGGAAAGAAGGAGAUAGAGGGGGAAGGAGGAAACAGCGCGGCUUCUGCUGAAGCCAGUACAAGCCUGGUUAUCUGGCUUGACCCGCCCACACGGAGGCCUCCCCAGCGUUUUCUUUUUCCCGAGAAGAGCUCCAGCUCGCAUGUCCUUAGAACACGGCAGAGCAGGAGCAUCUCAGGAACCAACGGCCAGCUCCUUGGCGCUGUCCCCAGACCCACAGGCCUGCUGCGGCCAUCCGCAAACGGGCAUUUCCUUGAACUUUUGAGAGUGCCUUUGACCAGCUGUUCGCAGCUGGGAAACUCCAACUUUUGAAGUGGGAGCUUGGAGCGGCCCCCGCAAGGGCGUGGCUCAAACCCUCCCCAGAGCUGGGAGCCGUUGCUCAUGCAAGCCCGUUUCUUUUGAUGUAAAGAUGGAAGUCGUUACUAUAUUUUAAUAAUGCAAAUACAUCUUUUAAAAUAAGUUAACAUUUUAUUUCUUACCACCAGAUGGAUCAGGCUUUGAAUUUAAUCAUGUAAAUGUUUGUAAUUUUAUUAUGUCAUUUUGUUAAAAUGGGACGCUUUCAAUUGGUUUCCAAGAAAGAUGAUACCUCUGCAUUUUCUGGUGGAAAAGGUGUAAUACCCUUAAUGAGAUCAAAGUGUUAGGGGAAAAAAAUUCCAAAAGUAGUUACAAGCUAUAUCAAUGUCAAAGUAAAUGCACUUCAUCAAAGCUAAGAAGUCACAGGAAUUGUUCUCAGGUUUUUUAAAAAAUUCUUCCUGAAUUCAGGAAGUGUCUUCUGAAUAGCAGCUAGCCAAAUAAAGCAGUGUGUGUGUACUGCAGCUGUAGGUGAACUUAAAAAUAAUAAUAAAAAGAACAAAUAAA